GCAACUUUACAAUAACUGACAUCGCGAGUGUGAAGCCAGCAGUAUGGCUCCCUCCAGAGGCACCACAGAGAAUUUGGAAUAUCCGACUAAGCAGAUACAGCUACUAGACGCCCAUACUGGCCCAGUCAAUGUGGUCAAAUACAAUAACGGAGCAAAGUACUGUCUAUCAGGAUCAAGAGACAGGAGUAUAAGAUUGUGGAACCCUUCCGCAGGGAAAGAGAUCAAAUGCUAUCAGGGACACGCUCAAGAGGUCCUAGCUCUAGACAUAGCACACGACAAUGCGAAAUUCGCUUCUUGCGGAGGGGACAAGAUGGUCUUCGUCUGGGACGUAGCCGCUGGGACAAUUAUCCGCCGACUGCAAGGUCAUUUCGGUAAGAUCAAUGCUGUAGCGUUCAACCAGGAUUCUCAAGUCCUGGCGAGCGGCGGCUUCGAUGCAAAAGUCAUGCUCUGGGACAUGAGAGCCGUAUCACGCGAUCCUAUUCAGACGCUCAAGGAAGCGACUUCAUCCAUUACAUCCUUAACUAUCCCAGCCAAGAUCCCUGAGAUCAUCACUGGCUCUCUUGAUGGCUGUAUUCGAUCUUACGAUCUUCGCAUGGGUAAAAUGACCGACGAUGUCGUGGGAGCACCAGUGUCCAGCGUCACUCCAUCUCCUACGUCGCCAAAAGAUACUUUACUUGUAUCCUCCAUGGAUGGCAAGCUGAGGAUCUUUGAUCGUGCCAAUGGUGCCGUCCUCCAGACAUUCUCCGGACACAAAGUCGGCGAUAUGAGGAGCAAAGCUGCAUGGGGAUAUGGUGAAGGGCUCGUCAUGACAGGAGACGAGGAGGGAAGACUUUGGGCAUAUAGCGUCUUGGAUGCUAAACCGAUCGAGUCCUCGCCCAAGCCAAUUCAUAAAAGAGGGAUCACCUGGAUAGAGAGUAAGCCGAAUGGUAAGGAGAUGAUAACCGCGGGUAACGACGGCAUGAUCAAAGUUUGGGCAAAGCCAGACACUGCCUAAUUUGGCCGCAAUAUCUGAGGGGGCAUCCAAGGCGACGAUCAUGAACUCGUCGCCGUCGAUCUGCAAGCGGCUCGCAGCUAGCCUUCAAGCUCAUUAGACGCAUGUUUGGGUGUUCAUUGCGAACGUACGGACAGGAUUUGAGCCUGAUGAGGCCACGUGCCCGCGGUGCGGGUACCGCGGAAGACCCGCCGCCGCAUACAACGGCCAUAGCCGAUGAAUUGAGAUCCGAUUCAUCCGGCAAUACUACCAGACG